GGUACCGCGCGCGAGGAGCGGCCUUGUGCUCAGGUUAGGGCAUUUUUUUGAGCGUCGGGAUCAGAAACGCUCGCUCCAGACUUUUAAAAAAGCUUCAAGGGACAUAUUACCAUCACUGGAUGCCUGAUUCACUGAAGAAAACUGGCAGUGAGAGGUACUCUGAAGGGGUGCAGGAUGUUACCAAGAAUCUCAGCACUUAUUGAUCCACACUUUCCUUAGUUCUCAAUGUGCUGUUGGUCACUUUCAAGAUGCCUUUGUACUUCUGGUAAAUUCAAACUGGCAACUCUUAAGGCCACGCUGGACAGAAAAUCAGAAGGAAGAUCAUUGGUGCUGGAAGCCUAGAAGAUCACUUAGAGGAAAAUCUCGGACUGUCAUUUGAAAUGCUGAGGAAUUUAUGGCGGAGGAGACUUUUUUCUUGUCCCACUAAAUACUAUUUUAUGUUUCUUAUUUUUUCCCUAAUAACUUUCUCUGUUGUAAGGAUUCAUCAGAAGCCUGAAUUUGUAAGUGUCAGACACCUGGAGCUUGUUGGAGAUAAUCCUAGUAAUAAUAUUAAUUGCACCAAAAUUUUGCAGGGUGAUGCAAAUGAAAUCCAGAAGGUAAAGCUUGAGAUGCUAACAGUGAAAUUUAGAAAACGUCCUCGGUGGACACCAUCUGACUAUAUAAACAUGACCAGUGACUGCCCUUCAUUCAUUAAGAUGCGUAAAUAUAUUGUAGAACCUCUUAGUAAAGAAGAGGAAAACUUCCCAAUUGCAUACUCCAUAGUGGUUCAUCACAAAAUUGAAAUGCUUGACAGGCUCCUGAGGGCCAUCUAUAUGCCUCAGAAUUUCUACUGCAUUCAUGUAGACAAAAAAUCAGAGGACUCCUUUAUAGCAGCGGUAAUGGGCAUCGCAUCCUGUUUCAGUAACGUCUUUGUGGCCAGUCAGUUGGAGAAUGUAGUUUAUGCAUCCUGGAGUCGGGUUCAGGCCGAUCUCAACUGCAUGAAGGACCUCUACAGAAUGAGUGCCAAUUGGAAGUACUUGAUCAAUCUUUGUGGGUUAGAUUUUCCUACUAAAACCAACCUGGAAAUUGUCAGGAAGCUCAAGUCAUUCAUGGGUGAAAACAACCUGGAAACGGAAAAGAUGCCAUCUAAUAAAGAAGAAAGGUGGAAGAAGCAUCAUGUGGUCAUUAACGGAAAGUUGACUAAUACGGGGACUGUCAAAGUGCAUCCUCCACUCAAAACACCUCUGUUUUCGGGCAGUGCCUAUUUUGUGGUCAGUAGGGAGUACGUGAGGUAUGUGCUAGAGAAUGAAAACAUUCAAAAGUUCAUGGAGUGGGCACAAGACACGUACAGCCCAGAUGAGUAUCUCUGGGCCACUAUUCAGAGGAUCCCUGAGGUCCCAGGCUCCCUGUCCUUAAGCCACAAGUAUGACUUGUCUGACAUGCAGUCAGUUGCCAGGUUUGUCAAGUGGCAGUACUUUGAAGGUGACGUUGCCCAGGGUGCACCUUACCCACCCUGCAACGGGGUCCAUGUGCGCUCAGUGUGUGUUUUCGGAGCUGGCGACUUGAACUGGAUACUACGUAAGCACCACUUUUUUGCCAAUAAGUUUGACCUGGACGUCGAUCUCUUUGCUGUUCAGUGUUUGGAUGAGCAUCUGAGGCAUAAAGCCCUGGAGAUGUUAGAACACUGACCUCUGAAGGCAAAUUUUAGGAACAAUAAGAAAAAUACUCAAAACAUACCCCCAUCUGCUUUCUCUGCCUUGACAAUAAGAAGGAUUAUAUGGUGUCCUCUUUGGGGUGAGGAUUCUCCUAUAGUAUCUAGAGUCAACAUGAGGGGGGCACUUAAAGUGACUGGGGGCUGGAUACGGUGACAAGGCAUUGUGGAGGCGAGACCAGAAUGGGGCUGGGAGAGAGGCCAAUGUAGGAAUCAGCCUCAGGGAUUGUUAAAGAGCUCAGGGACUUAACAAAACGAGAUUUGACUUGUGCCAAAAUUAUUUUAAGGAUUUUAAAUAUAACAAUUUUCCUGAUAUGAAGAAAUUUAUAGCAAUAAUCAAUCAAGAAUAUAAAUUUAUCUCGGAUAUUAUAUUUGUUGGAAUAAAAAUUUGAUUUUACUUUAAA